GGAAGCGAGCGCUCUCGGACCGGCGACACAAAAAAAAAAUUUAUAAGUCAGUAUUUUUUUUUAGAAAAAAUAGGGCUGUGAUAUUAUCGAUAUGAGUGCAAUUCGUUAUAUUGUUACGUUGUGCAGCGUAUUGAUAGUCGUCGGGGACGCGCAGUUGUUAAGGAAGGAAGCUUACGAAACUGUGCCUCAACUGAUCAGCUCAGCGGGCUACCCCGUGGAGCGGCACCGCACUACUACAGCUGACGGGUACGUGCUGCAGAUGCACCGUAUCCCUGCUGGCAGGCGGAGUGCCCGUCGCAGCGGGGGUAAAGGUAAACGUGCUGUACUCGUCAUGCACGGCCUGCUCGGACACAGCGGGGAUUUUGUCAUCAUGGGCCCCGAGAGGAGCAUCGGUUACAUCCUAGCAGACGCGGGCUACGACGUGUGGCUGGGGAACCUGAGAGGCACGGUUUAUAGUACUCAUCUUAACCUUACUAAAGAUGACCCGAAAUUUUGGGACUUCAGUUUCCACGAGCACGGCAAGUACGACAUACCGGCACAAAUAGAUAAAGUGCUGGCGGUCACCGGUCUGCCCAAGCUAUUGUACGUCGGGUACUCCAUGGGCACGACCAGCUUCUUCACCAUGAUGUCCACGAGGCCGGAGUACAACGACAAGGUUAUCGCUUUCGUUGCACUCGCACCUGCCGUCUUCUUGAAUAACAUGCGUCCACUUGCUGAAUUACUGCUCAAGACUUGGAACGUACCGCAAACGAUGAGGAAUCAAGGAAUGGUGUCGCUGACGUUCCGCCAGGAGCUGCGAGAGUUGGUGGUGAGCAGCGUGUGCCGGGUGCGAUCGCCCGAGGACGACAUGUGCAUGCGUCUCGUCUACGCACUCGUCGGGGAGGACUACGAGCAGAACGACUGGGACAUGAUGUCUGUGAUAAUGGCGAGGUUCCAGCCGGCAUCGUGGCGACAGUUUGAACAUUUCGGAAAAAUUGCAUUAACUGGUGUUUUCACAUCGUGGGAGGAUGGCUUAUGGGGCGAGGUUAAGCCGUACAAACUCUCCAACGUGAGGGUACCAGUUUCACUCCUGUACGGAGAGAAUGAUCAACUGACUGAGAAAACUCAAAUAAUGAGGCUAGCCAAAGAGUUAAAUGCCAGCGGAGUGCUGGAGGAGGUCCGGCCGGGCUGUGAGUGGCCCAAGUUCAACCAUUUGGACUUCGUAUUCGCCAAAGACCUGGGCAAACUUCUCAACCGGCCGCUAGUCAAGCACAUAGACUAUAUGUACAAUAAAUAUGGACCUUCAUAGAAA